AUGAUGCUUGAGUCGCUGACGUCGCUCGAGGCAGCCCUACGUGCAGUGGUUGAGCAAUCCAACCAGCCAAACAACGCUGCAGUCCUCGCCUCACUUCGGAAAGUUGAUCAAGGAUGCGAUACGGGUUUGACUACGAUAGCAAACAAUAUUAUUGACCUGGCAAACAAAGUCAUUCAGACCCUUGAGCCAGCCCAUUUAGCUCUCGCUGACCAUUUGUUCGCGUACCAAAACACUCAAUGCCUGGCUGCAGCUGUAAAGCUGCGAAUUCCCGAUCACCUCGCUGAUGGGCCCCUGACAUUGGAACAACUGGCUACUUCUAGCCAGGCUCGGCCGGACCGGCUUCGUCAGAUACUCCGUCUCCUAUACAACAACGGUAUUUUUGACUAUGAUCCGGCGACCGACUCUGUGCGGAAUAAUGAGGCGUCGGAAAUGUUGCAACAAUCACAUUGGACACAAUGGCACCGCUGGGCUAGCGUUUGUGGUCGCGAGUUCUACGAAAUGGCACAGGGGCUUCCCCAGGCGCUGGAAAAAGGGGCUACCCGCUCUCCUGCACAGGUUCACUAUAAUACGGAUGAAAGCAUGUUCAGUUUUCUCGAGGGUAAUGGGACUAUGGUUCGCCUCCGGGAGUGCAUGGGAGCGACAGCCAUGGCGCAGACUCCCGGAAUGGUCUCCGCUUAUCCAUGGGGCGAGUUAUCGGGGGCUACCCUAAUCGAUCUCGGUGGAGGUGACGGUUCCCUUAUAGCCGCGCUACUCCGGGCAUUUCCAAAUAUCCACGGAGGUGUCUUUGAUACCCCUAGGGUAUUACCUUUUCUCCAGGAGGCAUUCCACUCACCAUCCGGAAAGUAUGCAGACGUUGGCUCUCGCAUAUCUCCCAAAAAUAUCAUUGCAGGUGACUUUUUAACUGAAGUGGUACCCGCCGAAGCGUACGUUAUGCGCUGGUGUUUGCAUGACUGGAAUGAUGAACAGGCCCGGAAGAUUCUGGAGAACGUUCGUAAAAGCAUUAUCAAGGGACCGACAAGCCGGCUGGUAGUGCUGGAAUCAGUGCUUGCGGAUGGCAGAUGCAGCCGAAUGUCCCGAAUAGGAGACAUCAACGUGAUGGUAACAGCUGAGCAUGGCCAAGAACGUACCGAAAGUGACUGGAGAAGAUUAGCUACUUCAUCUGGCUGGGAGGUUGCAAGCAUUACUCCUUUGCCGGGCGCCUGGCCAUCGGCUAUUGACCUGAGGCCAUCGGUGGAAGAUGAUGCUCCUGCCGUGUGA